AUGGCAACUGGUGGAGAAGAUACAGAAGCAGUAGUUGCUAGUAAAGAUGAAUCUAUAACAACCACUAUUGAUGAAAAUGGUUAUGAAUCUGAAUGUAGUUCAAGUGCGAGAAGUGAAGAAGAUGUAGCUUGUUCAGCACUUGAAGUUGAAGCUGAUGCAUUUACAAGAUUUAUUGAACGACAACGCACUGAAGUCAUGUUUGAAUUACGUCGUUUACGCUUAGGUGAACGACCCGUAACAGGACAACAUAAUCGUGAAAGAAUUGAAACAUUUCUUAAUAAUAUUCAUGAACAUCAACAAGAAAUAAGGGUUCCAUCAACACGACCAGCACCACCUAGUGCCCAUAUAGCUGAUAUUGAUGCAUUAACCAAUCGUCGAUGUGUAUCAGCAGCAUUAGGUAGUGCUGCUUUUCGACAAGAUCUAGAAAAUACUAUUCGUCAUACAAUUGGUAUUCGACCAGUAGCACCAAUACAGCAAAUUCGUCAAGCACCAAGUGUACCACAAGUUUUACCUCCAGCUAAUGUUGUCGAACAACAACGUCCACAGAUCACUCAAACAGUACCUCAAAUCCCUAUUGAACAACAACGUCCACGGAUCACUCAAACAGUACCUCAAAUUCCUAUUGAACAACAACCACCACGUGCACCUUCCAAUGUUGAAAGACAAGAACGUGAAUUCCAAGCAUGGCAAGCAAUAACACAACUACAACGUGAAAUAAUUGUCUUAGAAAUUAGUGAUCUUGUCCAUAGACAAUUAGUAACAAGUGCUCUAGAAAGUGAUUUUCGUAGCCAUCUUGAACAAAACGUUUUAAAUCGUUUGGAACGCGGAGCACCUGCUGAACAACAACAACAACAACAACAACAACAACACGUAGCACCUACGGCCGCAAUACCACCAGUUCCUCCUCAGUUACCACGAGCCAAUGUUCAUGCCCCUGCUUCGAGUAUUGACGCAUUAUCAGCACGCAUUGAUACAAUGCAACAAAUGCUUCAACUUAUGUAUAGAAUGCAAAUGGACAUGCAACGAUCAUUACGUCAAGAUGUAGCUAGUGCUUUAGCAAAUAGUUCUACAACAACCAUGAAUUCAUCAAAUCAACCAGUACAAGCUGGUCAUUGUACUGUUUGUUUAAGUGCUAUUGCUGAUACAGUUCUUUAUCGUUGUGGUCAUCUUUGUGUUUGUUAUAUGUGUGGAUUACAACUUCAACAAGGUACAACAGUAAAUGCUGUUAAAUGUCCUAUAUGUCGUGCACCAGUUGAAGAUAUUCUUCGUGUUUAUCGAAGUAGUCGUGAUGGAGAAUAA